GCCGGGGGCGGAUGCGGACACGGGCGCGGACGCGGACACGUGCAGAGCGAUGGCACGGGAAGGCGCGGGGCUCUUCGCCCCGUUCCGGGUGCUCGGCCGCUUCAGCGGGCACGUCCCGCACGUCCUGCGCUACCACGGCCGCCACCGCGAGUUCUACCUGGCUACCGCUGUCGGGCGCAGCGUCCACACCUACAAUGUGAAGAAGCUUGGUAUUGUUGCUGUGAGUAAUACUUUGCCACAAGACAUCGCGUGUUUGGCAGCAGAUCGCAUGUUGAUGUUUGCUUCAUACGACAAUAUUCUCCAUGCUUUUGCCAGGAACAAAGAGGUUGUUCAUACCUAUGAAGGCCACAAGGCAAAGAUCCACCUUCUACAGCCUUUUGGUGAUCAUGUCAUCUCUGUGGAUGUUGAUAAUGUUCUUAUUGUUUGGAAUAUACAGUCAGAAGAAGAAUAUCUUCAAAUAGAUUUUGAUAAAGCCACUUUUGCAGUUUCUGCACUUCUGCAUCCCAGCACCUAUCUGAAUAAAAUUCUCCUUGGGAGUGAACAAGGAACCUUGCAGCUAUGGAAUAUAAGAUCCAACAAACUCUUGUACUCCUUUCCAGGAUGGGGAUUAGCCAUCACAACUCUUGAACAAGCUCCAGCAGUGGAUGUUGUUGCUGUUGGCCUUGUAUCUGGUCAUAUCAUUAUACACAAUAUUAAGUUUGAUGAAACUCUGAUGAAAUUUCAACAGGACUGGGGUCCCAUCACAGCAAUAUCUUUUCGUACAGAUGGACACCCAGUAAUGGCAGCUGGUAGCCCAGUUGGGCACAUUGCUUUGUGGGAUCUAGAAGAGAAGAAACUGAUGUGUCAGAUGCAAGAUGCCCAUUCCACAGCAAUAGCUGGCAUGACAUUUGUACCCGGAGAGCCGCUUCUUAUUACUAAUAGUGCUGAUAAUGCUCUGCGGGUUUGGAUUUUUGAUGGACCUGGUGGUACAGGUCGCGUAUUGAGAAGCCGAGUGGGACAUAGUGCGCCACCAACAAAAAUCAGAUAUCAUGGGCAAAAUGGAGAGCAAAUUCUUAGUGCAGGUCAAGAUGGAACAUUGCAAUCUUUUUCAACACUGCAUGAGAAGUUCAAUAAAAGUUUAGGACAUGGUUCAAUUAAUAAAAAGAAAUCAAAAAAGAAAGGUCUUAAGCUGGAUACAAUGGCACUUCCACCGAUUACAACCUUUGCUUCAGAAGUGGCACAUCAGAGCGACUGGGAUGGUAUUGUUGCCUGCCAUCAAGGGUACAUAACCUGUACAACCUGGAACUAUCAAAAAACCUCCAUGGGAGCUCACAAACUAAGGCCAGAAGAAUUUAGCAAACACAAACCUAUUGAUAUCUAUGCAACAGCAGUUGACAUUACCUCCUGUGGUAACUUUGCUGUAAUUGGGAUGUCAACUGGACAGGUAGAUGUGUAUAACAUGCAGUCUGGCAUUCACAGAGGGCAUUAUGGCAAAGAAACAGCACAUGAAGGGGCGAUUAGAGGGGUAGCAGUGGAUGGAUUGAACCAGCUGGUAAUCACAGCUGGUAGUGAAGGAUUAAUUAAAUUUUGGAAAUUCAAAAUGAAAGAUCUGGUUUAUUCCACUGAACUUUCUUCUUCUCCGAGUGGAAUUCUGCUUCACAGAGACAGUGGUAUUCUGGGAAUUGCCUUUGAUGACUUCACUAUUAGUGUUUUGGAUAUAGAAACCAGGAAGAUUGUCAGGACAUUCUCAGGACACCAUGGACAGAUUAAUGACAUGACUUUCAGUCCUGAUGGUCGUUGGCUGAUAACUUCAUCAAUGGACUGUUCCAUUAAGACUUGGGACCUUCCCUCUGGAUGUCUCAUAGAUUGUUUUUUGGUAGACUCUGCAGCUGUGAGCCUUAGUAUGUCCCCUACAGGAGAUUUUCUGGCUUCAGCACAUGUGGAUGAUCUUGGAAUUUAUUUGUGGUCAAACCGUUCUCUGUAUUCACUUGUGUCAUUACGGCCCCUUCCUGCCGAUUUUGAGCCAUCUUUGGUGACACUCCCCAGCACCUGCCCCUUGCAAGAUGUGGAUGUAUCAGGAGAUGAAGAGCUGUGUGAUGAAAUGAUAGAAUAUGUCUCACCUGAGCAAUUGGGAGAGCAUCUGGUGACCCUUUCCUUGUUACCGGAAUCAAGGUGGAAAAAUCUCCUCAACCUUGAUAUUAUCAAGAAAAAAAAUAAACCAAAAGAGCCACCAAAAAUUCCAAAGUCAGCACCUUUCUUCAUCCCAACACUUCCUGGUCUUAUACCCCGAUACAUUCCACCAGAGGAGGAAAAUGAUACACAGUCGAAGGUGGUAAACCUUGGGGUACUGGUGCAGAAAUCUGAUUUCUACAUUCAUCUUGAGGAAGCCCUGAGCACCAAUGAAUAUAAAGCUCCACUUGACUUACUGAAAAGCUUGGGGCCAUCUAACAUCGAGGUAGAACUACAGGGUUUGGCCCCUGAAGGUGGUGGCUCAAUGGACGUGAUGCUGAGCUUUUUGAGAAUGAUUGAGAUGAUGCUGAACAAGAAGUACAACUUUGAACUCACUCAGGCAUACUUGGCGCUAUUUUUAAAGUUACAUCUUAAGAUUCUCUCAUCAGAGCCAAAACUCAUGGAAGAAUUAUCCAAAUUGUCAAUGCAACUUGAGGAAAAUUGGAUUUACUUGCGGGCUCUCUUCAAUCAAAGUCUGUGUGUUUUAACAUACAUGAAAAGUGCUUUGCUGUAAAAUACUUCAGGGUUUUGUCUGUAUAAGAUUUCCCUCAGAGUAAUAGUACACUUUAUUACCAAAAAUACUGGAUUCUAAAAAUGACACUGGGUCUUGGAAUCGUAGAAUCAUUAAGGUUGGAAAAGACCUCCAAGACCAUUAAGUCCAGCCUUCUACUGGAUACCACCCUGUCCACUAAGCCAUAUCACAAAGUGCCAGACUACUCAUUUUUCUGAAUACUUCCAAGGGAUGGUGAUUCCGCCAUCCUGUUCCAGUGCUUCUUCUGGUGCUGUAUUUUAUACAUUUACAUAUGGCAGAGUAUUUUAGAACAUGCACAGCUGCCUACUUUUUUUCACUCCAGUUGGAGAAUAAAUUACUAUGUGCAGCUGAAGUAUUUGUUGCGUUGGUCUGUGCUGUCAAUGGACAGACAUUUGGAUUAAAGGCCCUGAGCAACCUGGCAUUGUGGAAGGUGCCCCUGCCCCUGGCAGGGGUUGAAAGUAGAUGAUCUUUAAAGUUUCUUCCAACUCAAGCCAUUCAAUGAUUCUUUGAUUCUAUGGCUACAUCAAAUGUGGUUUACAAUGAAGAAAUUAUUUGCAGGAAAAAAAAUAAGUGGAAAUGUAACUUCCGUGCAGGAGACCAAAAACUAUAUUGUUCUUAAUAAAGUCAUUGUUGAUGCAAAAGUAAAACAAAAAGUCUGAAUUGUUAAUACUUUAUUAAUAUCGGUUUAGAGUGAAGUAUAAUAAUUUCACGACUACAAGGCGCACCAGAUAAUAAGGUGCACCUCCAGG